CUAGACAAAUUGGUACACAGUGUAAGCAAUCUUGAUUCUAUCACAAAUCUCAGUGCUUGUGUUCUCUGUGUUAGAACUGAGAUGCUAUUAUCAGUUCCUCAUUUCUGUUUGUGUAGUUUGGGGAGUCGUUCUUCAUGAUGAUGGUUGGAUUGGAUGAGAUCAAGAAGCUUAACAAAACAUGUAUCUACAUUGCAAUGUUCAACCACAGUGAAAGAGGCUUUAUAGAAACAAAACCAUUUGUCAAAGAGCUAUCCAAAGCAGAUUAAAUCUCGAUAGAAACAGCUACAGCUCAGUGUUUUUACCUUGUUCUGGGAACACAUUUUUUCUUUGUACAUAACAGAGAGAGAGAAAUUUUACUGAGAUCCAAGUAUUUUAUGCUAAUAAAGUGAAGUUUAGCACAUUUAUUUGCUCACAAGCAAUUCCACUGACAAGUUAGUCAUCUUGACCAGGAAGGGUGCUUUUAUCCUAAUCCAGGCUUACAAGCUGAGAUCUCUUAUGGGUAAAUUCAUGAAAUGCACAUUGGUCGCUUCAGAACACAAGCUAAUGCAGCUGGAAAUUCAAGCUACUACUGCUCCUGUUCUCGAGAUUGGACAUUGGACCAUCUCAAGACCUUUUGAGUUGACCUGAUCCAUCACUUUCUCAGUUGACCUCGCAAACAAACAAGAGAGUUCUUCCCAAGACUAGACUUGUACAGUAAGUCCCAAGAAAUUUCUCAUGUUUGGGAUAAAAAGGUCCACAAGAAAACAAAAUAAUCAUAAAAAUAACGAUAAUAAUCGAUCAUGAUUAUGAGUCAAGAUAUAUUGAUUUAUAUCCUUUCAUCUCAUUCCCGAGUAUCAAUUUUGGUCUUUAUAUAUCCCUCGAAUGUAUUAAAGAUAUAUUAUAAUAAUAAUAAUUUGGGUCUCCGUUGGCCCCAAAUUAAUUGGUUCCCGGCCCGUGCAUAUAAUUUUGAGUUGAUCUGAUUUGACUCCACAAUUCCUGGUCGCUUCCUCCAAAUGCAUGGAAACUAUGCCACCACUCCCCCUCCCGUCAGUAUAUUUCGGAUCGACGUCUCUUUCCCCUUCUUCCUACCUUCCUCCUUCCCUCCUCCCUCCUCCAUGAACUUUAUUCUUCACCUUCCUUUCUCCUCCUACAUCGCAGUCUUGUCGUAGAAACCGCGAAGAAGUUUUGAGCUUUUGAGGCCUUUAUUGGAAGCGAGCCCUUCACUCGGGACUUGGCUACAAGUAGCCACUGGAGAAGAGGAAGAAGAGGAGGAAGGGGCCGAGGAGGCAGGAUGGAGAGCUACCUGAACGAGAACUUCGGUGGGGUGAAGUCGAAGAACUCGACGGAGGAGUCGCUCGAGCGAUGGCGGAAGCUCGUCGGCGUCGUCAAGAACCCCAAGCGCCGCUUCCGCUUCACCGCCAACCUCUCCAAGCGCUCCGAGGCCGCCGCCAUGAAGCGCUCGAACCAUGAGAAAUUGCGAGUAGCUGUUUUGGUUUCAAAAGCCGCAUUGCAAUUUAUUCAUGGUAUCGCAUUGCAUAGUGAGUACAUUGUGCCUGAUGAAGUGAAGAAAGCAGGCUUCCAAAUUUGCCCUGAUGAAUUGGGUUCCAUAGUUGAAGGCCAUGAUGUGAAGAAGUUGAAAGUCCAUGGUGGUGUUAAUGGUAUUGCGGACAAACUUUCAACAUCAACAACAAAUGGACUAAUUGCUACAGAGGAGAGUUUGAAACACAGGCAAGAUAUUUAUGGAGUAAAUAAAUUUACUGAAAGCCAGGUUCGGAGUUUUUGGAUAUUUGUUUGGGAAGCACUUCAAGACAUGACUCUCAUAAUUCUUGCUGUGUGUGCUUGUAUAUCCCUUAUUGUUGGCAUUGCCACAGAAGGAUGGCCAAAAGGUGCACAUGAUGGACUUGGCAUUGUGGCUAGCAUACUGUUGGUUGUCUUUGUUACUGCAACUAGUGAUUACCGACAAUCUUUACAGUUCAAAGAUUUGGAUAAGGAGAAGAAGAAGAUAUCUGUACAGGUUACACGUGAUGGCUUCAGACAGAAGAUUUCAAUAUAUGAUCUUCUUCCUGGUGAUCUAGUGCAUCUUGCAAUUGGAGAUCAAGUUCCUGCUGAUGGGUUAUUCAUGUCUGGAUUUUCCUUAUUGAUCAAUGAAUCCAGUUUAACAGGAGAGAGUGAACCUGUCAAUGUGAAUUCUGACAAUCCAUUUCUUUUAUCUGGAACUAAAGUCCAAGAUGGAUCUUGUAAAAUGCUAGUAACUACAGUUGGCAUGAGAUCACAAUGGGGUAAGUUGAUGGCCACCCUUAGCGAAGGAGGAGAUGAUGAAACUCCAUUGCAGGUCAAACUGAACGGAGUUGCCACUAUCAUAGGGAAAAUUGGCUUGGUAUUUGCAGUUGUGACAUUUGCAGUGCUUGCUGAAGGACUAAUCAAACAUAAGUUUCAACAUGGUUCAUACUUGAGCUGGUCAACAGAUGAUGCAUUAGAGUUGCUGGAGUAUUUUGCUGUUGGAGUCACUAUUGUAGUGGUUGCAGUUCCUGAAGGAUUGCCUUUAGCUGUAACCUUGAGCCUUGCUUUUGCCAUGAAAAAGAUGAUGAAUGACAGAGCACUGGUCCGCCAUCUUGCUGCUUGUGAAACUAUGGGUUCAGCUACAUCUAUUUGCAGUGACAAGACAGGUACAUUGACAACCAAUCACAUGACUGUUGUGAAAGCUUGCAUAUGUGGGAAUAUCAAGGAGGUUAAUAAUCAUGAAGAAAUAAAACAUGUUUGCUCCCAGGUUCCAGAUGUUGCUCUAAAAGUACUCAUGCAAUCCAUCUUUUAUAACACUGGCGGUGAAGUUGUUAUCAACCAAGCUGGAAAACUUGAAAUACUUGGAACGCCAACUGAGACUGCUCUGUUGGAAUUUGGAUUGUUACUAGGUGGGGAUUUCCAGGUUGCACGUCAGGAGACCAAGAUUGUCAAAGUGGAACCAUUUAAUUCUGAAAAGAAGAGAAUGGGAGUGGUUCUCCAGCUUCCAGGAGGAGGAUACAGAGCCCAUUGUAAAGGUGCUUCAGAAAUUAUAUUGGCUGCUUGUGAUAAGGUUUUAGAUUCUGCAGGUAACACUGUCCUGCUUGAUGAAUCAACAUUCAGUCAACUCAAGAGUACUAUAGAAAGUUUUGCCAGUGAGGCUCUCCGUACACUGUGCCUUGCUUACAUGGAAAUUGAGAAUGGUUUCACAGCUGAUGAACAAAUCCCUAUUAAUGGAUUCACUUGUAUUGGAAUUGUUGGCAUCAAAGAUCCUGUUCGUCCAGGUGUAAAAGAUUCGGUUGCAAUUUGCAGGUCUGCCGGAAUUACUGUGAGAAUGGUUACAGGGGAUAACAUAAACACUGCAAAGGCUAUUGCUCGAGAAUGUGGUAUUCUUACUGAUGAUGGGGUUGCUAUUGAAGGUCCAGACUUCAGGAGUAAGAGUCUGGAGGAAAUGAUGGAUUUAAUACCAAGACUUCAGGUGAUGGCUAGAUCGUCACCAAUGGAUAAACAUACCUUGGUGAAACAUCUGCGCACCAUGUUCAAUGAAGUUGUUGCUGUGACUGGUGAUGGCACAAACGACGCUCCAGCACUUCACGAGGCAGAUAUUGGGCUUGCAAUGGGAAUUGCAGGAACUGAGGUGGCUAAAGAAAGUGCUGAUGUUAUUAUUCUUGAUGACAACUUCUCAACUAUUGUAACUGUGGCAAAAUGGGGACGUUCAGUGUACAUAAACAUUCAAAAGUUUGUGCAGUUUCAGCUGACUGUUAAUGUUGUUGCUUUAAUUGUAAACUUCUCCUCAGCCUGCAUAACCGGACAUGCUCCGCUAACUGCCGUUCAACUGCUCUGGGUGAACAUGAUUAUGGAUACACUUGGGGCACUCGCAUUAGCCACUGAGCCACCAAAUGAUGAAUUGAUGAAAAGAUCUCCUGUUGGAAGAAAAGGCGGUUUUAUUAGUAACACAAUGUGGAGGAACAUCCUAGGACAAGCCUUGUACCAGUUCAUUGUGAUAUGGUAUCUCCAGAGAGAAGGGAAAGGGCUGUUUCAACUUGAGGGCCCUGAUUCUGAUCUUGCACUAAACACUCUUAUUUUCAAUUCCUUCGUCUUUUGUCAGGUAUUCAAUGAGAUCAGCUGCAGAGAAAUGGAAAAGAUCGAUGUGUUCCAUGGCAUAUUGGAGAAUUAUGUAUUCGUGGCUGUCAUCACCUGUACCAUCAUCUUCCAGUUCAUAAUCGUUCAGUUCCUUGGAGAAUUCGCGAACACCACUCCGUUGACUUUAUAUCAGUGGUUUGCCUGUGUGUUCAUUGGGUUUCUUGGUAUGCCUAUUUCUGCUGCCAUCAAGAUGGUUCCUGUGGGUUCCAAGUAAGGAAUCAGAGUCUUAGGAGAUUUCCCUAAUCAUCUAACAACAGAUUUUUGUGUGUCAAUAGCUAUCUCCAUGGAUUUUGUAAUGUUGUCGAUUGUAGAGGAUACCAUGGAGCCAGUUGCAAGAACAUUCUAUUAGAACAUAACUGUCUUUUCGAUGCUUUUUUUUUCUCUUAACCUUUAUGGCAGAGGCAACUGUUUUCUUCAAA